AUUGUUGCGCCUUUCUGGAGAUUAGAACAGGAAGCAGCGUUUGCCCCAAUUAAAAUUUGAUUAGGCUUAUGGUUGUGGCGGGCAGUUUGGUGGAAUUUGGCUUUUGGCGAUUGUCAGUCCGGGGGUUUGCACUAUUUGUUGGCAGGAGUGAUCAAUGACAGCGGAGAACCACAACAACGAGAAGUUUUAUCAAAAAAUUUCGUUAUCAAAUGUUUGACAGGUGUAUCGAAUAACAGUUUCUAAUGCGGAUCAAGUCAUGACAUUGUCGUAUUGGUGGAUGCAUUGGUUUUGGAUCACCUUUCGGAUAUUUGUUGGUGUGUCUGAGGAAAUCGCUUUAACACAUUCCAUCACCCCCUCAGUCACAAUCGCAAAUCCCAGCGUCACAGAUUUGGUUCAACGCCGCACUGGCAAGGCGAUCGGAAUUUCAAAUUCAACUCCGCCCAUCAACAACAACAAUCCUUCCAGUAAUUCUUCAAUGCAGGCGAACAUUUCAGCAUCAAAAAGCCAGAAGCCUUCUUCCUUAAAGAAGCUCGACUUCAUGUAUUCCAACAUGACUAGGCAGAACGCAACCAAUAAGUUUUAUUUUCCAAGCAAAGAAACGACUGUGAUAAAUCAGAAUACAACUGCUGAUAUCAGUUUGAAUGUUACUGAUAACCAAAUGCUAAUUAAUUCAAGUUUUAGCGCAAUAAAUCAUACUGAUAGUUUCAAUUACAUUAACGAUACAAAUUACAACCAAAGUCUUCUGCUAACCUCGGAGAAAAUCAUCGAAAGGGAUGAGGACGCUGCCACUGGGAACCUAUCAGCAGCUGGGAUCACGGGGAUUACGCUAGGUUGUGUUGUUAUUGUCGGGAUUAUUUGCGGGGUUAGCUACUUCCUCUACCGCAAUAGGGGGUUCAACCGACCUCAAGUACUUAACGAUCGCUGCAGCAAUCCGGAUUCAAGUGGAUACAUCGAUGAUGCUUCAGAUAAUUCGGAAGAAAUGUACAGCCUGGACAACGACUCGUUUCUCAAUAGUCUAGAGGCCAUGACCAUCCAGAACUAUUGGACAGACACCGUCAAACAUACAAAGUUGUAACAGUCCCUUUAAGUUUGUAAAUAAAAUGACUUAAGUAUUUUAGAAUCUGUGAUGCAUAUCAAUAGGCUCUCGAUAAACUUUUAGUUUCAAAUAUUUUUCUAAAAGUCGGAAAUCAAUUGUGAUUUUUUGAUAUGUUGUUGUUAUUUAUGGUCUUAAUUUUAGAAAAGUACAAAUGCAUUUUAGUUUUGUAUAUAUGUUUGUAAAUUUCGUGUUUGUUGUUUUUAUACUUCCUUCGACAUAAUCUCACAUGUUAACUAAUAAGAUGUAGGUAGUGUAAAGUUAAUAUGCGAAAUAGUUAAACUAAUAAGACACAAUCAGAACUAUUUGUAAAAAUUUCAUGUGCAAUAAUAUAUUUUCUUCCCAAAGUUAGCGGAAAUUUUAUUAAAGAAUAGUUUUAUAACUCACCUAACUGGAAGUGUCAGAAGUUGUAAGUACUGUAAUAAAAUGGAUAUACUUAAAA